CCACCCACAGGGACACCACAGCAAAUACUCCCACGGCCCUCAAGCUCCCUCACAUCCUUCCCCACCUUCCAGGUCCCUACCAACUUCCCUGUAAGAAGCGAGAAUGCAGCGGGGAGCUGCCCGCAGCAGAGAAAAGGCCAGCUUUUCUACGGUCUCCCCUCUCAGCACAGCGAGUCCCUGGAGACUGACUUUCUGGGCUCAGACAGCUCCUCUCCCGUGAAGUUGUCUGUCUGUCCUUCUGCCUUCAACAAGCUUCCUUUCCUGCCUAGGUAUAACCUGGUGCUUCUCCAUCACUGCUCCCCAACCCAGCUUCCUAUCCACGAAGCCCAUGCUAGGGAAGACCAGGGAUGGCUGGGCCCUGACGCUCAGACAGCUCCCCCUCCGUCUUCCUCUCCCGUCCCACCUCUAUCCCUCCCCCUUAAGCCCUUGCCCACGGACUACAGUGGAGGCCUAGCUGGUGGUGAGGCACACAAACGGGGGCUUACACAGGACACAGAGGUUCCCUGGGGGUCUGCUGCUCAAGCCCUGCACCCACAGCCUGCACUCCAAGGAGUCAGAGCCUCCAAGUGCUCAUCCUCAUCUGAGGCUUGCAGGCGGGAAGCAUGGCACCCCGGACUCCGCCAACACGACCCGGAGUCACCCUCUGUCUCCCCACUGUAUCCCUCUAGCCCUCUGGGAAUGCUGACCAGGUUUGGGGACCCAUUGAGGGCAAGGAAACAAAAUAGGCAUCCAAAAGCCUCUAAGCCAGCAACACCGGCUGCCAGUCCAACCGCAGCUUCUCCACCAGAACUCCAGAGAGGCAGCCCUACAGGAGCCCUCCCAGGACCUAAGGCCCUCUGCGAGACCGCAGCGCAGGAGGGUCCUCGGACCUCCGAGCCCCAGCUCCUGGCCCCUUGCCAAGCCACAGUACCCGUGACAGAGCCUCAAGGAGCUGGUCCCCCAAGCAUCCCACCCGGACCUGAAGCUCAGUGGGGAACCACAGGACAUAGACAGAGGCCCCAGGUUUCCGAACCGUCAGUUGCAGCCUCCUGCCAACCUCUAGCUUCUCUGUCAGAAGUCCCCAAAGCCAGCCCUGAAGGACCACGGUCUGUUCCUAAGAACUCCCAGGGAAGCGGGGGAUACAGAGACAGC